UCCAACAAUACUCUUACAAAGUUGACCUUGCUUGUUCAGUAAGAAAAUCCGAUCGAGGUAAGGAAAUCGUGAAGAACUCAUCAACCACAGACCAAAGGUACAGUGUUAUUGUUGUGAGGUUUCGAGUCUUUCGACAUUGGAGCUCAUCGUAUUGAUAUGGAGGUUCCUGCUACUGCUAGUCGACCCCAAAGUUUUGGGCAUGAUUGGUCUAGGAGUCCUGGGUAUCACAGGGAUGAACGAAGAAAGUUGAAGGUGGAUACUAGAGAUGAAAGCAGGAGGUUGAGACACAGUGUCAAGGAGACUAAACACCACUUUAAGGGAAGUGACACAUGUGGUCCAUAUCGACAUGAGUAUACUGGAGAUUAUGGAGGAAAGCGAAGUAGAGAUGAGUACAGUGGAGAAUUUGGAAGAAAGAGAAGUAGAAAUGAAGGUUCAAGCAGGACAGUUGGCCGGUCUGACUGGGAUCAUGGGAGAUGGGAAUGGGAAGAUACACCAAACCGGAGUAAUUGCUCCACUAGCAGUAGGUACCAUCAGCCUUCACCGCCCCUGAUGUUAGCCGAGGCAUCACCUGAUAAACAAUUAGUUUCUCCAUGGUUGGAUGGCUAUACACCUCGUUCUGCUGGUUGUUCUAUUUCUGCCUGGGACCACAUUCUUCCCUCUCCAGUUCCAAUACGUGCUGCUGGUUCUUCAAUUAAAUCCUCAAGAUUGAGACAUGAGGAUGGAGAAGCAGGUGAGGAUUCUUUGCCCAAAGAACUCACCCACGAGAUAACUGACAUGCGUGCAAAGAUGGAGUAUAAUUUUGAUCAUGCAUGGUAUGACAGAGAAGAAAGUAAUACAAUGUCUGAUGCAGAUACCUCUUCAUUAUUUUUGGGGGAUGAGGCUUCUUUCCAGAAGAAAGAAGCAGAGCUGGCCAAAAAAAUGGUUCAAAAAGAUGGGAUUAGGAUGACAGUUGCUAAGAGCAAAAGGUUGGCUCAACGAAUUGCUGAUAAUGUUCUUUGGGAAGACCGUCAACUUCUGAGAUCUGGAGCUGUGAGAGGCACUGAGGUAAAGACUGAAUUUGAUGAUGAGGAAGAACACAAGGUUACUCUUCUUGUACAUGAUAUAAAACCUCCUUUCCUGGAUGGGAGAGUUGUUUUUACUAAACAAGCUGAGCCGAUAAUGCCAAUCAAGGAUCCCACAUCAGAUAUGGCUAAAAUUUCACGUAUAGGAUCUGCUUUGGUUAAGGAAAUUCAUGAAAAACAAAGUAUGAACAGAUCACGUGAACGCUUUUGGGAGCUUGCAGGCUCAAAACUAGGUGAUAUCCUUGGUGUUCCGAAAGCUGCAGAACAGACUGAUGCAGAUUCAACUGUAGUUGGAGAACACGGUGAAGUUGAUUUCAAGGAAGAUUCCAAGUUUUCUGAGCUUUUGAAGAAGGGGGAUGCUGUGAGUGACUUUGCAAAGUCCAAAACCAUACAAGAGCAACGGCAGUAUCUCCCCAUCUAUUCAGUGCGAGAUGAGUUAUUGCAGGUAAUUCGUGAAAAUCAGGUGGUGGUUGUUGUUGGAGAAACAGGUUCAGGAAAGACAACUCAAUUGACACAGUAUCUGCAUGAAGAUGGGUACACGGUGAAUGGUAUAGUUGGUUGCACCCAACCAAGGCGAGUGGCGGCUGUGAGUGUUGCAAAUAGAGUCAGUGAAGAGAUGGAGACUAAGCUUGGUGAUAAAGUUGGCUAUGCUAUUCGUUUUGAGGAUGAGAUUGGGCCGAACACCAUAAUUAAGUACAUGACCGAUGGAAUACUUCUGCAUGAAACACGGAGUGAUGGUGAUCUUGAAAAGUAUCGUGUCAUUGUGAUGGAUGAAGCGCAUGAAAGGUCUCUAAACACUGAUGUGUUGUUUGGGAUACUCAAAAGAGUGGUUGCCAAACGCCGUGAUUUUAAGCUCAUUGUGACAUCUGCAACCCUAAAUUCACAAAAGUUUUCAAAUUUUUUUGGAAGUGUACCCGUUUUCAACAUCCCUGGAAGAACAUUUCCUGUGAACAUCUUGUACAAUAGAACUCCAUGCGAAGAUUAUGUUGAAGCUGCAGUGAAGCAGGCAAUAACAAUUCACAUCACUAGCCCUCCAGGGGACAUCCUCAUCUUCAUGACUGGCCAAGAAGAGAUUGAGGCUGCCUGUUGCUCCCUUGCAGAGCGCAUGGAACAGCUAAUAUCUUCCACAAAGAAAGUGGUUCCUAAACUUCUGAUACUCCCUUUAUAUUCAGAACUACCGUCAAAGUUGCAAGCAUUGAUAUUCCAGAAAGCUGAAGCUGGCACCCGAAAAUGCAUUAUUGCGACCAAUAUUGCGGAGACAUCUUUGACAGUGGAUGGAAUUUAUUAUGUAAUUGACACAGGGUAUGGGAAAAUGAAAGUGUACAAUUCUAGGAUGGGAAUGGAUGCUCUUCAAGUAUUCCCUGUCAGUCGUGCUUCUGCUGACCAGCGUUCUGGACGUGCAGGGAGAACUGGGCCUGGCACAUGUUAUCGAUUGUAUACAGAAAAUGCAUACAUAAAUGAAAUGCUUCCAAGUCCUGUUCCAGAGAUCCAAAGGACCAAUCUUAGCUAUGUGAUCUUGUUGCUCAAAUCUCUUAACGUUGAGAACUUGCUAGAUUUUGAUUUCAUGGACCCUCCUCCGCAGGAUAAUAUACUCAAUUCUAUGUACCGGUUAUGGGUCUUGGGUGCUCUGAACAAUGUUGGGAGCUUAACUGAUCUUGGCCGGAAAAUGGCGGAUUUCCCUUUGGAUCCCCCACUUGCUAAGAUGGUCUUGAUGGGUGAACAGCUCGGAUGUCUGGAAGAGGUUGUGACAAUUGUGUCAAUGCUAUCGGUGCCAUCGGUAUUCUUCCGGCCAAAAGAUCGAGCAGUAGAGAGUGACGCUGCCCGGGAAAAAUUCUUUAUCCCCGAAUCUGAUCACUUAACAUUAUAUAAUAUUUACCAGCAAUGGGAAAAACACAACUUCAAGGAAGACUGGUGUAAUGUCCAUUUUUUGCAUGUUAAAGCGUUACAAAAGGCUAGAGAGGUAAGAUAUCAGCUGCAGAAAAUUCUUCGGAAACUGAAAAUUCCAUCAUCAUCUUGCUGGCCUGAUUCUGACCUGGUUAGAAAAGCUGUCUGCUCUGCAUUUUUCAAUAAUGCAGCAAGGUUAAAGGGAGUGGGGCAAUAUGUUGAUUGCAGGAAUGGAAUUCCAUGUCAUUUACACCCAAGCAGUGCUCUGUAUGGUAUGGGCUGUACGCCAGAGUAUGUGGUUUAUCAUGAACUCCUUUUGACAAAAAAGGAGUACAUGCAGUGUGUUACGUGUGUAGAGCCCCAGUGGCUGAUGGAAGCGGGGCCAAUGUAUUUUUCAAUUAAGGAGUCAAAUACGUCAUUCCUGGAGCAUAAGAAGAGAGAGGAGAAGGAGAAAACAACAAUGGAGGAGGAGAUGGAGAAUUUGAGGAAAGUGCAGGCAGAUGCUGAUAGAAACAACAAGAAAAUAGACAGAGAAAGGAGGGCCAAGCAGCAACAACAUGUGUCGAUGCCAGGCUUGCGGCAUGGCUCUUUCUUUAAUCUGAGACCAAAGAAGCUUGGUUUGUAAACAUAGCAGUACAGGACCUAGCAAAUAGAGUCCCUCAUUGCUACAUGUUAUUGGCUUUUUAUUUAUCCUCUUUUUCCCCUUGUAAGAACGAAGCUUUUAUUAUCCAAUAUAGGUUCUAUUUACCUACUGUAGUUGGUUGAUCGGCUUUUUAUAUAUAUAUCCUUUUUUUCCCCUUGUAAGAACGAAGCUUGUAUUAUCCAAUAUGGGUUCUAUU